UUUAAAAUAAAUGUCCUACAUAAACCUCUCUACUUUAGCCAAGCCUCAAGAUAUGAAAAAGUAUUGUUUGAAGAAAGAUAUGACAAUGACAAAGAGAAGUUCUAUAAUUCUCCUAGGAACCCAGAACGAGCAAAAAUAAGUUUUUAAGGUCUAAAAUUGGCUCACAGUAUCAGCCACCCAUGCUUCCAAUUAUGAUGAGAAAUAUGAACUACUCCUCAAAGGAGCUGGACAUGAAACUACAGAUGCUAAAGAAGCAUGAAAGAAUUAGUUCAAAAUCUUCAAUCAGGCAAAGGCAUAAAAGACCAAAAAGCAUGACUCUUUCACGCCACCAUACUCGCAAAUUGACUCAUUCAGAGCCUGAACAGCCCAAAAUGGUGAGUUUGCUCUACACAAUGAAGCGGAAGGAGUUCAUUACCGAGAAGACUAGAAGAAUGAAUAAAAGUAUGAGGUAUUGUAAAUAAGAUCUUAUCCAAAAUGCCGGGUAUCAUUGCUAUCCCAGAGCUAAAGAAAAGACUUCUUCUUGCUAAGAAGAAAACGAUCCAGAGAUCAAUCUCCCAUGAUAUCCACCAGAAGAUGAAAAGUGAAUGGAAUCAUAUCAAUUUGUCUAAAAUCAUUGACAAUGAUAUAAUGAUUAGAAAUAAACUCCUUAGAAAGCUUAAAAUAGAAAGGAAACCAAUUGUCAAAUAGCAACUAAAAUUUGGAACAUUCGUAAGGAGCCUAAUAUUCCUCUUUUUGGUGUGAUCCAUGAAGGUGAAGGUCUCUAUGAAGGAGGGGAAUAAUAUCUGCGUCAAAAGAGCAUUCAA